AAAUAGAGAGAGAGAGAGAGAGAGAGAGACCAGACGAACACUUCUCCCAACAUAAAGUCCCAAACUAAAAUCCGAUAAAACUAAUAAUAAAAAAAAACCGAUAUUUAUACUCGUCUCUCUCAUUCCUAUUUUCACAUCACUCCAGAGAAAAAAAAAAAAAAAAUGCAGUCCAUGUUAAACCUCCAUGGUUCCUAUGGCCUUCCUCUCUGUGUUUGUGGGAUUGCCCAUCACCUCCCUCUCUCAAAAGAGAUAGCAGAUCAUGAUCGCAGAAGGGAGGCUAUAAAGCGCCAGAGAUCACAAGCCGGAGAGGAACUGCAUGCAAAUCAAGAAAUGUCUACCCAGCUGGAGAGAGUGCUUAGAGGGACCGAAGAAGGUGAGGUUGAUGGAGAUCUGGCCCACUGUUAUUUGGCUUGUACAGCUAAAGCUGCUUAACUUUAUUGAAAUUACUACCGGCCGGCCAUGUUUUGACAUGCUGUUUUCUGCUUUAUUUGAUUUUAUGUAUAUUGCUUUGUAGCUUUGUGUUUGAUCUGGUCUCUCUCUAUAUUUAGUUUCUGUGAUCUUGCCUUGAUGAUU